UAAUUCACCUCAGUAUGUUCAUAGGAAAAUGUUACUAUGGAUUGGUGCGGGAGUUGAGGGAAGAAGGAGUAUCAAUUGAUCCAAUUGCAAAUCCACCCACAGUGAGGGUCUAUAGCUAUAAUUCCAACACUAAUAAUGUCAUUUGGCAAGAGUUUGUGAAUCCUCAAACAAUUACUUCACAAGUUCUUACUGGAUUUGUAAUGAAUAUGCAAG